GCAGCGCAGCUCUGGGCAGCGCCGCGGCCUUUCGGCCUCCGAGCUACAGCAGCGGAACCAUUUGAAAGUAAGUUGCAGACACUGUACCUGUAAAUACUUCAGCAUGUAUCUCCUAAGAACAAAGAUAUUCUCCUAUUUCAGAACAAAGAGGCUGGGCCAGCUGGUGCCAUCAUGGCAGAAAGAGUGAACAACUUCCCACCACUGCCCAAAUUCAUCCCACUGAAGCCAUGUUUCUACCAAGACUUUGAGGCAGACAUCCCUCCCCAGCACCUCAGCAUGACCAAGCGCCUCUACUACCUCUGGAUGUUGAACAGCGUCACGCUGGCGGUGAACCUGGUGGGCUGUCUCGCGUGGCUGAUUGGAGGUGGGGGAGCCACCAACUUUGGCCUCGCCUUUCUCUGGCUCAUCCUCUUCACACCCUGCUCCUACGUCUGCUGGUUUCGGCCCAUUUACAAGGCCUUCAAGACUGACAGCUCCUUUAGUUUCAUGGCAUUCUUCUUCACCUUCAUGGCCCAGCUGGUCAUCAGCAUCAUCCAGGCUGUGGGCAUCCCAGGCUGGGGCAUCUGCGGCUGGAUUGCCACCAUCUCCUUCUUUGGAACAAACGUUGGCUCAGCGGUGGUGAUGCUCAUUCCCACCAUCAUGUUCACAGUUGUGGCUGCCUUUUCCUUCAUUGCCCUCAGCAUGGUUCAUAAAUUCUACCGGGGCAGUGGGGGAAGUUUCAGCAAAGCUCAGGAGGAGUGGACCACGGGAGCAUGGAAGAACCCACACGUGCAGCAAGCAGCCCAGAAUGCAGCUAUGGGGGCAGCCCAGGGUGCCAUGAAUCAGCCGCAGACUCAAUAUUCUGCCACCCCCAACUACACAUACUCUAAUGAGAUGUGAGCCAGCCAAGCCUACUGGGAGGCAGGGCUGGGGGAUGAUGGAAUGGGGCUCAAGUCACAUAAUCUGUUGUGGUGACCAAGCAGGGUUCUCCCUUUCCUUUUCUCCUCUUUGUACAAAGAA